AUGCCACCCUCCCCGCAAUUCGACGUGCGCUCGACGGCGGAUGCGGUUGCUGCCGACCUCUGCGCCCUCGUCGCCGAGCAAGACGGCUGGGAGCCCUACAAGACAAGACGGGGGGUGAGGAUCGAGCGCUGCCGCGCCGCAGCUCUCCACCGAUGGCGCGCGUUUGGGUCGAUCGACGCACCGCUGCUCACUGUCGUGGAGGCCGCCUCCAAGGUGGCCAGUCGUCCGGACUGGGAUCCAAUGUGCGCCGAAGGAAGGCUUGUCGAAGAGGCUGGCACAGUUGAGUCAGCAUCGUACAGCGUCGCAUGGUGGGUCUUUAAGGGCGUGAUGGGCCUCGUCAAUGCGAGAGAUAUGUGCGUUGCGAUGACGGUCAAGGAGGUGAGGCCCGGUGUCUGGGUCACUGCAUCGCGCUCAAUCGAGCACCCUGCCUGCCCGGAGGUGCCUGGCAACGUUCGCGGCCGCUGCGACAUCGCGGGCCUUCAGCUGCGAGCGAACAAAGCUGGCGGCACAGACGUGACAUACGUGGCGGCGGUCGAUCCCAAGGGAUGGCUCCCAAAAGUGUUGGUCAACUUGGGCGCGGGCAAGGGCGCCUUCUGCAUCGACUUUCUCCGCUCGUACGUCGCCACGGGCCAGCGAGGGCGGUGGAGCGCGGCUGAGGCGGAGACCCACGCCGCUGACGAGUGCAUGUAA